CCCUUUUUAAUUCUCUAGAACAAGAUCUACUCUUCAAAUCUCACCAAAUCACCACCUCAAACUGAAUCAUAACUUCGGGGAUUUCGUGAGGAACAAGUCCGUCGCCCUCGCCGUGGCUCUCGCUCUCACUGUCUUCAAUCACUACACUUAAAUUGAGACAAAGCUAAAUCAAAUGGAUGAGCUAAAGACAGCUAUGAAUGGGCACAUGGAUCAAAUGCAAGAACUUGUUGAGAAACUUUCAUCUGAGCUUCGAAUUGGAAUGCAACCAGCAAUGGAUAACUUCAUUGGCUUCUUUCAUGCCAUUGAUUGGAAGGAACCAUGGUUAGUGGGGUUGAUGGUGUUCCACGUUGUGACACUUAUAAUAAUCCUCACUUCAAGGAAAAAUAUCAACUUUCAGAUGUCCCUGUUCCUUCUGUCAUUGGUUGGUGUGUACUUUGCUGAAAGACUAAACACUGUUUUGAGUGAUAACUGGAAAAGCUUUGCUGGUCAAAAUUAUUUUGAUCGCCAUGGAGUCUUCCUCUCUGUGCUCUGGUCUGGUCCUCUUCUUGUUUUCUCAUUGAUUAUUCUGGUGAACACACUGUUUUCUUUAUGUCAACUUAUGGUGAAGUGGAAAAGAGCAGAACUCAGGCACCGAGCUAAACUUUCUACUACCAAACAGGAUUGAUCUUCAUGAUUUCUAUCUAGCCUUUUAGGGGUAGUUACUUCAUUAAUCGUUAAUGGUGUAGAUCUUCAUGAUAGUUUUUAUAUACUUUUAAUCAUGUUUUGGAAGAUUUCAGUUUGUUGCUUAUAUUAUAUUAUAUGUUUUUCAUACACAAAUUGAAGUUCACCCCUCCGCUUCUUUUGUUGUGAUAUUGAUUUUGCAAUUAAUGGG